UUUUCGAGUCAAUCUGAAAAUCCUCCCCGUAUCCCCUUAACCCUUCUCCAACGUUGUUGCCCGUCGGCCAGAGCCGCCCCGGCCCCGCCCCGCCCCGCCCCCCUUUUCACAAGCAAUUCCUCAAUAUACGCAGUCGCGGUGCAAAGAAUCUACCCGUCUCUUUUAUUUGAAAAUCUAUAAAUUCUCGAAGAACUAUUCUCAUAGAGCGUGUUGCAAAACAGAUUUUAGCUUCUCAGAACGGGAAAAAGCUGAACGUUUUCGCACCCUUCUGGAAAAUUAUGAAUUUAGUGAUACCCAAAUUUCUAGACUUGCCAAGGAAACCCCAAACAUCUUCUCGUGCAAUCCUCAGAACAUUAUUUUGCCUAAACUCAAAUUCUUUUUAUCUAUAGGAGUCUUGAGUUCUGACCUGCCUAAAGUUAUUAUGGGUAAUCCAGCAUUGUUGGGAGGAAGCAUUGAAAAACAAUUUAUCCCGUGUUAUAAUUUUCUCAAGACAUUAGUGGAUUCUGAUGAAGAUAUUGCUCGGAUCCUAAAGCGCAGUCCUAGAAUUUUAUCUUGCAAUUUGAAAGUAAUGGAGCCCAAUGUAGAGCUAUUGGGUGAAGCUGGGGUGCCAGAGAGCUUUAUCUCAUACAUGUUAAUUCACUUCCCUCAUUCAGUGCAAAUGAAAUGUGACAAGUUUAAGAGAAGUGUGGAGAAAACAAUUCAGAUGGGAUUUGACCCCUCAAGGAUGAUGUUUAUUCGAGCAGUUCAUGUGUUGUGUGAGAUUAGCGAUCAAGCGUGGGAGAAUAAAAUCAAGGUUUAUAGGAGGUUUGGUUUGUCAGAUACUGAGAUUGUAUCAGCCUUCAGAUCACACCCUCUGUGUAUGAGGUUGUCCGAGGAAAAAAUUACGAGGGGAAUGGAGUUUUAUGUAAACGAGAUGAGCUGGUCUCCUGCCAAAGUUGCCCGAUCCCCAGUUGCCCUCUUUUACAACUUGGAGAGGAGGAUCAUCCCACGGUGUCGUGUAAUCAAGAUUUUGAUGGAUAAGGGUUUUGUGAAGGAAAGUUCUACUGUAAUUUACUUUUUGUCAAUGACUGAUCCACAAUUCUUGACUAAGUUUGUGCUCAACUAUAAGAAUGAUUUGCCUGAAAUUAUGGAUGUCAUCAUGCUUGACAGAUCUCGUAGAAUCAUAGUUGGUAGUUGUUUGAAGUAAACGUAAUGCAAGUCAUGAUCCUUCCCGUUCUAUUGUAUAACUAGUUUUUCAAGAUAGAAACUAUUUUUGUGAAGUGAAGUUGCUAUGAUUAGCUAUUGACAGAGCAAAUAUUGAUUGUUUAGUUUAGCAUUUUGCUUCUUCUCUGAAAACGAAUGGAGCAUGUGCUAAAUUCAUACAGCUUUAGCUUGGUUGACCCUUCAUUAUGGUAUGACUUCACAUGGAAUCUCCCUUUCGUUGGGCAAAAAUCUCUUCUGUAAUUUGCACAAUGACAGUAUCUUGUUUCACAUUGAUAUUUAGUUUGGCUUUUUGUCCUUA